CUUCAAGAACACUACUGGUUGGCGUUGCUUUUAGGCAGAUGGAGAGGAGUGAUAAACAAAACAACAAAAUAUCACCAGAGGUAGGCUAGGGUAUCAAAUAUGAACUACAGAAAUAUCAGUCUGCUUGGGAUUAUUAUAUCCAAUAUUCGAUGAAAAUGAAAAGGCAUCAGGCACGUUUGCUGCAAAACCUGUCGGAAAAUAACACGAUUCAAGAAAGGCAUCUCAACUGGUCGUUACGUAACUGCUGGCAACAACAACAACACUCGACAGUCAUCGAUGAAGAAAAGCCUGAACCAUGACAUAAACAGCGCCAGCUGAGAUAUUUACCACACAUCCUUGAGGAAGUCCGCUUUUCUGCAGACGUGUUCAGUCUUGCUUCGCAUCACCCAGCACGAUGUCUGGCUCUUACGAUGAAUCCGCUGUCGCUGAUGAGGCCAUGGACAGCUUUUGGGAGGUGGGAAAUUAUAAGCGUGCAGUCAAGAGAAUUGAUGACGGCCAUCGACUUUGCAAUGAUCUUAUGAACUGCCUUCAGGAACGUGCCAAGAUCGAGAAGUCCUACAGCACACAGCUCACUGAAUGGUCUAAAAGGUGGAGGCAACUGAUUGAGAAAGGGCCUCAGUACGGUUCUGUGGAGCGAGCCUGGUUAGCUAUGAUGACAGAGGCUGAUAAAGUGAGUGAGCUUCAUCAAGAGGUGAAGAACGGUCUGAUGAACGAGGACAUUGAGAAGGUGAAAAACUGGCAGAAAGACUCGUACCACAGACAGAUAAUAGGGGGCUUUAAGGAAACCAAAGAGGCAGACGAGGGCUUCAAGAAAGCCCAGAAACCCUGGGCUAAGAAACUCAAAGAGAUGGAGACGGCAAAGAAGACCUAUCACAUGGCAUGUAAAGAGGAGAAACUGGCUGCAGGCCGUGAGGCAGAUGCUUCUGUCACUCCAGACCAGCAGAAGAAACUCCAUGAGAAGACAGAGAAAUGCAAACAGGAUGUGCAGAAGGCGAAGGAGAAGUAUGAGAAGUCUCUGGACGAGUUGUCGAAGUGCACACCACAGUACAUGGAGUGCAUGGAGCAGGUGUUUGACCAAUGCCAGCAGCACGAGGUCAAACGACUGACCUUCCUCAAAGAGGUUCUUCUGGACAUCAAACGACACCUUAACCUCACCGAGAACCAAAACUAUGCCUCAGUGUACCGUGAGUUUGAACGCACCAUUCUGGCUGCCAACACACAAGAGGAUCUCAAGUGGUUCAGUAAUAAUCAUGGUCCUGGCAUGCAUAUGAACUGGCCCCAGUUUGAGGAAUAUAAUCCAGAUGCCACCAAUGCUGUUGCCAAGAGAGAAAAGAAGAAGCCAGAUGGAGUGGCUCCUGCUACUCCAAACACAGAGCAUGCAGGUCAAGCAGGUGACCGUGGCAGUGUGAGCAGCUAUGAUAAGAACCAGGCAUAUUCCACCGAAUGGUCUGAUGAUGAGCAGCCUGCCGGAUACUCGGGGAACGAGACAAACGGCGGUGGAAACUCUUUCGAGGAUGACACGGUCAGCAGAGGAGGAAUGCGAGUGCGAGCACUGUAUGACUAUGAAGGGCAAGAGCAGGAUGAGCUAAGCUUCAAAGCAGGUGAUGAAUUAACAAAGAUCGAAGAGGAGGAUGACCAGGGUUGGUGCAGAGGUCGCCUGGACAGCGGCCGGACAGGCUUAUACCCAGCCAAUUACGUUGAGGAAAUCUGAUCACCUGACUGGAGGACAACACACCUUUGGAGGCAGCUCUGAUUGUCCGAUCUAAUAACACGGCAAAAACGCCAGAGACUUAAUAUGAACGACUUUCCCUGAAGAUGUGCAAUGCAGUCUUGUUUAAAAUCAAAAAAAUCUUAGUAAAGAUACCCACACUGUAUAUAUUGAUCUUAUCUGCAAGGCGAGGAAGAGUUUGCUCACUACUAAUAUCUAUUUGCAAAUAUUUAAAAAUAAUAUACAUUCAAACAAACAGAUAUGAACAAAUAAAUGACCCAUCAGUUAUGCAAGUACAGGACACACAUUAUUUGUGCAGAUUACAUGUUAUUCAAAAUUAUAUUACAGACAUGAGUAUAGAAUUCUCCAAUUAGCAUAAUAUCCAACUGAACAGUUAUUCAUGUGGCCAUUCUGCUCUAUUUUAGUACAAAAUUCAUAUAAAAGAGUCAGUGUGCAAAAACAGGAUACUCAUCCAGUGUCAUGAUGUUUAAACAGAAUACUCACAAUGGGCUAUUUGGUUUUCCUCUUACUCUCACCAUCAGUCCAUGCCUUGUUGCGCUGAUUAUUAUAUUAGGUAUUGUUCACUUGAUGUCUGUGUCUUUAUGCAUAGCAGCAUGUGCUAUGGAGCAUGUAGCCCUUGAUUCCUCAGGCCAUCUGUACCGUAUGCAAUUCUCACCAUGACCACAGAGGGCAGCAGACAUAAUGUCAACCUAAUAUAUCUAUGUCUGUGUCCGAAAUCACUCCCUAUACCCUUAAAUAGGGCACUAUUUGAGGGGACAGCCAUUUGUAGUGGUGUUCGAAACUAGGGGUGUAAUGAUGCAACCUCGAUAUUCAAACCCAUAAUGCACCACAAUAAUGAGUGUACAACUGAUGUACACUCAACAGCUAGAGAAUACCCAUAAUGCACUGUGAGGGUCGUGCCGAAUGAAUUCCCACGUCUGACCAGAAGAUGGCACCCGCAAAUGAAUCAUCCAUCCAUCCAUCCAUUUGUGGUCAAUGUGGCUGCAGCGUAAUAUCAUACAGGUAUACAAUCCUUUUUAGUUGAUUAUUAAAUUGUUUGAUUAAGGUUUAUAAAUAGUUUCCAUGACAGAGUUCAGGAUAAAACUUCAUUACUACUGGAGCUGCCAGUUUGCUAAGUUUCAAAUGAUUAUUAAACGGCAAGCAUAAACUAUGCAAAAUUGGCAACCCUUUCAGCACACUCCGUGUCUGAUUUCACUCACUAGUUUAUAUUCACUUCUUCAAGUGGACAAUAUUAGUGGAGUAAUGUAGGGAAUAAUGAAUGAGGGUAUAGGGGGCCAUUUUGAACACAGCUUAUGUUCAGAACAGAAUGCUACCUUAGUAGUAGUAUACAAUGGAUACUGUGUACUAUUUUAAAAAAUAGUAUGUGAAACAGUAUACAUUAUGCAGCAAGAAACUUUUCAAAAAGUAGCAUGCUAUUGUUGGCAUGUGACGUCUUCAUGUUGCAUGGAGUGGCGUCCAGGUAUCGUCGAACAAUGCUGUUGUCUUGCAAUUUGUGUAAAAAUGGCUUUUUAUGGGAUGAGACUGCCAAAAUAGAGAGGUCAAACUAGAUUUUUAUUUUAUUCCAUCAUGCUAGAAAUGGAAAGUCAGGCACAUUGCAUCUUAGUAUACUGUUGCUAAAUGAACAACAUCAAUCUGGGUAUUCCAUGCAUACAUAACAUUUGCAUACUGUACACAGUAUACAUACUAUAUACUGAAGAAAGAGUACAAAUAGUAAGUGUGCUGUUCUGAACAUGACCACAGUUCUCCAACUCAGGUGAUGGUUGAGCAGUAUCAUCUCAUGUUUGUCCAAGCCAUGUGUUGUUAUUCUUUACUUCAAGAAGGUCUUGUAUAAGUAUUGUCUAUUUGGCAUGGUGUUCAUGGUCACUUCUUGUACCAAAUCAAGGUUUCUGAGAUAGGACAUGAAUGUUUUCUGUGAAUGAUUUGGGCUACUUAUGCACAGCACAUUUUAAAGUGACCCUAUUAUGCUAUUUUAAAGUUUAUUAAUUUUGCUUUGGAGGUCCCUACAAUAGGUUUACAUGCAUCAAAGGUCAAAGAACACCUUGAUUUUCU